AUGGAGCCGGUGAAUCUAAUGUCUUUGAACUUGACGGAGCUAAAAGAAUUCCUUGAUUCUUUCGAUCACGUGUUUUCUGAUUGCGACGGUGUAAUUUGGUCAAAAGUGCCUUUACCAGGUGUGGGCGAUUUCUUCGAUCGAAUAAAACAGUUGGGAAAGACUGUGCAUUUUGUAUCCAACAACAGUCUUAGAUCUCAAAAGAAUUAUGAAGACUUGUUUGAAGCUGCCAAUAUUAAAAAUGGAUUUGAAAACUUGACUGUGCCGUCGAUUGCUAUUGCGGAAUAUUUGAAAUCAGUUGAUUUUAACAAAGCGGUUUAUUGCGUGACGUGUCCGGAAACAAUUAACAUAUUAAAAUCUUACGGCUUCACAUGCAAAUAUGGACCUGAGACCGGAGCAAAAUUAUAUUCAGACUAUGUGCAAUAUUUAGAAGAUGAUGAAGAAAUUGGGGCGGUCGUGUUUGACAGUGACUUCAACGUGAACCUGCCGAAAAUGUACAGAGCCAUCAAUUUUCUUCGAAGACCCGAAGUACUUUAUUUUAGCGGAGCGACAGAUCGAUAUGUGCCUUUAAAGCCGGGAUGUUUAUGUUUAGGAACGGGCGUGUUUACUGACAUCGUGAGCGAAGAGGCAAAUCGAGAACCUAUUUCACUAGGUAAACCAGGAAAACUAUUCGGCGAGUUUGCUAUGAAACGUGCAGGUGUUACUGAUCCUAGCCGAGUUCUUUUCAUUGGCGAUAUGAUUGAACAAGAUGUUGGACUGGGUAGAGCAACUGGUUUCAAAACUCUUUUGGUACUCACAAACAAUACGCGUGAAAAUAUGAUGGCACAUCCUCAUUUGAAACCGGAUUAUUACGCGGAUUCUUUAGGUAGUUUAGUUCCAGUUAUAAAUAAUGUAUGA